AUGUCUGCCGAAGCGACAUCCAGCGACAACUCGAGUCCACGAGAUAUUCAUUCCGUCGUCUUGCAGACCACGCUGCAGGAGAUCAACACCCGACCGAGGGAUCUUCAAGACUGUUGCGUCAUUUGCCUCGAGGAGAUCACCGAAGGCUGUGAGGCGCAACCCUGCCACCACCACAAUUUCGACUUCCUCUGCCUCGCGACAUGGCUAGAACGACAAAUAACAUGUCCGCUAUGUAAAACUGAGAUCAAGGAGGUCCGCUACGAGUUUAGCGACGACCGAAAGCAAUGGAAAACCUUCAAGGCCCCAGAAAGACCCUCGGAUAAGGCUGAAGCCGCAGCGCAUGCUUCUUCUAGUCAGCAGACGAGGCGGUAUUACUCCCAAACUCGCCCACGGCGGUCACGGCCACAUGCGCCUUCGACGACUCGACUCAACCCAUCGCAAGAUGAGGCAAUCACCCGCCGAAGACAUGUCUAUCGACAUCAGUUGUACUCGCUACAUGUGGGCUCGAACCGGAUAUCAAGAUACAGAGACUUGACUCCGCAAAUGUUUGCCUCCGAUACAGAGCUUGUCUCGCGCGCGCGUACUUUUCUCCGGCGCGAACUACAGGUCUUUGAGUUCCUUUCGCCCGACAAUGAUGCACGGCCACAAGAUACCGACCCAGUCCGACGUCGCAGAGCCAACAACGCCGAGUUCCUGCUCGAGUACAUCAUCGCUAUCUUGAAGACGGUCGAUAUGCAAGGCAGCAUGGGCCAAGCCGAGGAGCUUAUUCAAGAGUUCCUGGGCAGAGAGAACACACGACUGCUGCUUCAUGAGCUUAGAGCGUGGCUGAGAAGCCCCUACAUGUCGCUCGAAAGCUGGGAUCGCGCUGUACAAUAUCCGGAUGUUGCACCUAAGCGGCGACGGUCACAGAGUCCCAGCGCAGCCAAUCGUGGAGAAUCGUCCACAAGCGCCAACAGUAUUUAUCCUUCAACAUGGAGGAGAGACGAGCGACGAAGGUAUCGCAGGCAGCCUUACGAAUCGCGUCGGUCACGGAAUGACCAGAGACUACGAGAGGCGACAGAACGAUAUUCCAUUGGUUAA